AUGGUGCUGGUGACAGAUAAGGGUUUGGAGGUUUUUGAAGUCUGUCUACUAGAGUUAUCAAUCUGGAUUGGUGCUGUCCUGAGUGUAGCACUUGGAACACCUUUUGGACCUAUUCAUCUUGCAUAUAGCCCUCUUCUAGGAGUUCUGAUAGUGUUGGUUCUUCAGGUUCUGGGGACUCCAAUCCCUAGUAGGGCUGUGUAG